AUGUGUGGAGAAGAAACCAGAUCGUCCGUAGUUAUAUCUAAAGUCAUGUCGAAAAAAACAGAGCUACAUUAUAAAAACCGACAUUGUAUGUUAUGUAAUGGUGAAGACGAAGACGAUAUUGUUUAUUGGUCCACAAUAAUUGGAACUAAUAACCGUAAACAGAGACCUAGAAGUGGGCAUGAUGUAAUGAAAUUAUUCCAGAAUCCUAUAAUUGUUAUCCCUCCCCCUAAUUUACGAGAAAUUGUAUGUUACUCAAGUAUGAUAUCGUCAUGUGUACCUUCUGCGACCUUGGAAGAACAACGCCUGUGUGUAGAAAAUGGACUAUCGCCCAUUAAAUACCGAACGUCUAUAUACAAAAACACAUUUUGUCUUCAUUGUAAUAUUAUAUCAGAGCUAACUAACAAGUGUUACCCGGUGAUAAAGGAAGAUUUGUUUUAUGGUGUACAAAUUCAGUCUUAUUCAUUCUCUAUGGUUCUCAAUUGGCAGCAAAAUAGAGAAUCUUUUGUUUUACUUGACACUAAAAUGACUUUUAUUCAAAAUGUAUCUUGUUAUUUUGAUGACGAUGACAAUAUAAAGGAAUGUAAAGUAAGAAAAUGUGUUGGUACUCUGCCAGUAGUCAAUAAUACCUGCAAGAUAGUACCGAAUCAUUUUGGUUGUAUUCAGUACAUUUUCAAAAUUAAUUUCACUGUUCCUUCCCCAUCAUCCCUUGAUAUGAAUCAAGAAGUAGAACGUAUUUCCUUCGAACUCGUUCAGUUAACUGCCACUUUUGAACGUAUGCAUAACGUUACUAAAUACUACAGUCAAAACGUAAGGUUGUAUAAUAUAACGCUAGUUGAAGAUCAG